AUGGCGGAAAAAGUUGGCAAAGCUGAGUGGAAUGUGGUUGGUACUGGGUGGAUCCGCAGGUCCGUUGGAGGUCAAAAAUUGAACCCGGGUGGUCAAAGUUUGCCCCCGGUGGCCCGAUUGCGGGUCUGUUGGAGAUGCUCUGAGCGCUUGGCACGCCAAUGGAACUGGCCACUGAGAGGAGGGAAGCAAGCCUUCUUACCUAUUGGUGGGGGGGGGCACAUCUACUCCGAUUGA